AUUCCGUUUUCUCUUUGUUCUCCAUCACCACUCAGUCUUUGUGAACACGUUCAGCGUUGGGACGUGAUUGUUUUUUUCGUCUUGCGACUGCGACUUGCGACUUGCGACUGCUGCUGCUGCUGCUACGUGCUAGCGAGGUGUUGGGACUUUUGCGACAUCAUACAUACCAUUACCAUUACAGACCUAAUACUUACACAACUCACACACCACAAUGGCUACCAAGGAGUCCUUCGCGUCCAAUGCGGCCAUCUUGGCCAAGUUCCGCGAUCUCGACCAGCACGGCAAGAUCAUGGCCGAGUACAUCUGGAUUGAUUCUGAGGGCAACACCCGCUCAAAGUCUCGCACGCUCGAUGAAAAGCCAGAGGGCUACAAGCCCGAGGAGCUCCCCAUCUGGAACUUUGACGGUAGCUCAACAGGCCAGGCUCCUGGUGACAACUCGGAUGUUUACCUGAAGCCAGUCGCCGUCUACCCCGAUCCUUUCCGCCCUCCCAACAACAUUCUUGUCCUCGCCGAAUGCUGGGAUGCCGACGGUACCCCCAACAAGUACAACCACCGCCACGAGUGCGCCAAGCUCAUGGAGCUUCACGCCAAGCACGAGCCUUGGUUCGGUCUCGAGCAAGAAUACACCCUUCUCGAUUUGAAUGAUCGUCCCUACGGCUGGCCUCAGAACGGCUACCCCGCCCCGCAAGGUCCUUACUACUGCGGCGUUGGCGCCGGCAAGGUGGUGAUGCGCGACAUUGUCGAAGCGCACUACCGCGCCUGCCUGUACUCCGGCAUCAAGAUCUCGGGUACCAACGCCGAAGUUAUGCCUGCCCAAUGGGAGUUUCAAGUCGGCCCCUGCGUCGGCAUCGAGAUGGGCGACCAGCUCUGGCUCGCCCGUUUCUUGUUGCACCGCGUAGCUGAGGAGUUCGCCGUCAAGGUGUCGCUCGAUCCCAAGCCCAUCCCUGGCGACUGGAACGGUGCCGGUCUACACAGCAACUUUUCGACAGUCGAAAUGAGGAAGGAAGGUGGCAUGAAGCAGAUCGAGGCGGCCAUCAAGAAGUUGGAGGGAAGGCACAAGGAGCAUAUUGCUGUCUACGGCGAAGGCAACGAGAAGCGCCUCACCGGUCGUCACGAGACGGGUGCCAUCGACACCUUCACCUACGGCGUGGCCAACCGUGGCGCGUCCAUCCGUAUCCCUCGCGAGUGCGCCGCCAAGGGCUACGGUUACUUUGAGGAUCGUCGUCCUGCUUCCAACGCGGAUCCUUAUCUCAUUACUGGCAUCAUCAUGGAAACCUGCUUCGGCGCGGUUGACGAUACGGUUGAGGCCUAGAAGGCGUGUCCCUCCAAGACAAGACAGUCAGACGUUCGAAGAUAUGAGAGGCAAGGAGAGUUACAGUUCCGGGAUACAGCACGGACGGAUGAAGAUGGAUGAUAUGAGGGCAAUGAUGGAUCAGGGACGAUGAUGAUGAUGAUUGAAACGAGAAGGAGAAGGAUGACGACGAUCCGUGGCUAUGGGUGGCUUGGAGUCAAUUGAACCUGCAAUGCUUUAUUGUCUUUAACAGCGUAGGUCUGGAUGGAUGGAAUGGAGAACAAAGAAAGUUAAACUCAUACAAGGUCGUUGACCGUUUGACAAAUGGUUAACAACUUCAGCGGCACCCUGAUACUGUAAUGGACCAAGCACCACAAGGUUGAAGCCAUGGCAAAGACAGACCAAAUGUCGAGUUUUAUAGCGACAGAAAUGAACAUGG